GUAUUGCUAUUUAAGUACAAGUGAGCUGUUUGUACUUUAUAAAGUAUUUAAUGUCGCUUUUCCAUUCAAUGAUUUUCUACUACGUGAAGGAUAUUCGGGGCCAAAAUGCCUUUCCUUAUCAAUCGCUUGAUAUUAUUGAACGUCCUCCUCCUCGGACAGACCACACACGCUCAAAUAAUAUCAAACUACACCCCGCAAGAAAUCCCCAUCAACAGCGGCCGCCCCACCUUCUAUGACCCCUCGCUCUCCAUCCCAGGAAAGAUCGCCCUGGAAGAACAUGUCGGCAACUCUCUCUUCAGCGGAACCUUCACCACGCCCUUCGUGAACUUCACCAAUGAAGUAAACUUCGACAUCCCUAUCUACGCCAAUGAUGUUAUGCCGCGAUUAACCAACAUCGAUUCACGCGUCGCGGCUAUGGACGCGGCGAACGUGUCGAUUUCCGUGUUGAUGUUUGGCGCCCCGGGGAUUCAGGGCGUUUUUAAUAGUACAUUCGCGACGAUUGCGGCGACGUACGUGAACAACGAGGUGGCGAGGAUUUAUAAGAACGGAAAUUAUUCCGGGAGGUUCGAGUUCUGGUGUAGUAAUGCGUUGCAGGAGCCUGUGUCUGCAGCGGCGGAGUUGGAGAGGUGUGUGAAGACUUUGGGAGGCGUAGGCUCGUUCGUGGGAGGGUAUACAAAUAAUAGGUCAGCGGAUAAUGUUGUGUAUCUCGAUGAUCCGUCUAUGGCGCCCUUUUUGGAGAAGGUGGUUGAGCUGGAUGUCCCGAUUUAUUUGCAUCCUAGAACGCCGCCCCCGGGUCAACAGAGGGUGUAUGAGGGGUAUAACUUUCUGUCUGGAUCGCCUUGGGGAUUUAGUUCCGAGACGAGCGCUCAUGUGCUGAGACUCCUGGUAGGUGGUGUUUUCGAUACAUAUCCAACAUUGAAGAUCAUCCUGGGACACUGUGGAGAAGGAAUUCCAUUCUUCUUGCCGAGAAUCGAGCAGAGGAUGCGCCAUUUCACACCAUAUUGGCCCGCAAAGAAACCGCUUGCAGAGUAUUGGGAGAAGAACUUCUGGGUGACGACAAGUGGUGUGCAAGAUUCGGGGACAUUGGUGGAUACGUGGCGAAGUCUGGGAGAGGAUAGGGUUAUGUUUUCGGUGGACUAUCCGUUCGAAGAUAUGGUUGAGAUCGGAGGAUGGUUUGAUCGGCUGGAACUCAGUCAAAGGACGAAAGAGAAGUUCGGAUUCCAGAAUGCGAGGACUUUGUUGAAACUGGGGGCAUGAUAUCGGUUUCUGCUUGAGCCUGGAUUACUGAAGAGCUUGUGUAUACU